AAUUCAGAGUUGUGUCGAGAGCGGUGACCACGACACAGUGUUCAGUGGUCCCUGGGCCCCCUCUCGUGUCCACGGCACGGUGACCUCUACCUUCCACACCACUGUGACCUCUACCUUCCACAGCACCGUGACCUCUACCUUCCACAGCACCGUGACCUCUACCUUCCACAGCACCGUGACCGCUACCUUCCAAAGCACCGUGACCUCUACCUUCCACAGCACAGUGACCUCUACCUUCCACAGCACCGUGACCUCUACCUUCCACAGCACCGUGACCUCUACCUUCCAAAGCACCGUGACCUCUACCUUCCACAGCACCGUGACCUCUACCUUCCACAGCACCGUGACCUCUACCUUCCACAGCACCGUGACCUCUACCUUCCACAGCACCGUGACUGUUACCUUCCACAGCACUGUGCCCGGUACCUUCCACAGCACCGUAACUGCUGUCUUCCACAGCGCCGUGACCGCUACCUUCCAAGGUUCUGCGAACUACACUGUGAACUGUACCUUCCACGGCACUGUGACCUGCAUCUUGAGCUCCCUAAGGAGGGUACGGCACGAUGGGGAGCAGCUCACAGUACUGCCUACGCUGGAACAACCAUCGCAAUAACCUGCUGGCGGCCUUCGACCAGCUGCUACACGUGGAGGCCUUCACCGACGUAACUCUGGCUUGUGAAGAGGGUGUCACCCUGCAUGCCCAUCGCCUGGUUCUAGCCGCAUGUUCCUCAUAUUUCCAGGCGCUCUUCGUCAACGCCCGCGCCGCAAACCAUCCAAUCGUGGUGCUGAAAGACGUGCGGGCGUGCGACAUGCGCGCCCUUUUAGAGUACAUGUACCGAGGUGAGGUCAACGUGGAGCACGACCACCUGCAGAGCCUCCUGAGGGUCGCUGAGAGCCUCAAGGUCAAAGGCCUAGUAGAGGAGUUAGGCAACGAUGCGGCCUCUCGGAGACCACCCUCCCCACACGAAGCCACCCGCCCACCCACUACACCUGUGGACAGCCGCGCCCACCAGGAUCUACCGCGAUCUAGACCAGAGCCGCCCACCUCUACUGCGCCGCCUUCGUCUAUCUCUGCCCACGAACAUGUCCGUCUAUCUUCCCCUACACCUCCCCUGUACCCUCUACCACCGCCAGGAAUGCCUCCACAUCGCUCACACCAUCGCUCAGACCACAGAGACCACCGGCCAGACCAUAGAGACAUCCGCGAACUAGACCUCCGCGAGAGCCGCGACCUCCGUGAUAUAAGAGAACAUUUACGAGACCACUUACGAGAUCACAGGGAGAGCCACGAGCCUCGAGACGUGCAUACACCGGGAAGCCUGGACUCUGAACCCCGGCAGACACACUCUCUAGCGCCCCCUGUAUCCCACCUCUCCCAACCGUGCCCAGAUUCACCCCCACACAAACGUAAGCGCCUUUCCAUGAUGGCCGACCCCAUGCUAUCGCCGACGCCGAUCCUACGCACGGCCCUGGGGCACACCCAUGGGUUCCCUGGACCCGACAUGAGUUCCCUGGUAUCUCUGGCCUCCUCCAUGAUGCCCUUGCCCGGUCUCCUUAGCUCACACGUGCCCCAUCUCCUCUCACACGACCAUCGCGAUCAUAUCGAGGCUCAGUAUGGCAUCAGCACCAAGAAGGAGCUGCACGACGAUGAGUCGCGAUCAUUCUCAGACAUAUCACGAGAGGACGACCAGGACAAGAUCAAGCUGGAGUCUUUUACUAAUGGACCCCUGCUGCCGGAGUUCAACCCUUACCACCAUGUGGACCCAAAUGGGUCUUCACAUUACAGCAACUUUGUCAGUUAUGUCCCAACCCCGAAGCCUGAAUGGAAGAGAUACAAACAGUACACCAAAGCAGAUCUCAUGGAUGCAAUUGAGGCAGUGAAAAAUGGCAUGACAGCUUUACAGGCAUCACGGAAGUACAAGGUCCCAUCUCGUACACUUUAUGACAAAAUAAAAAAGAUGGGUAUCAGUACUUUACCCCGCCGUCUACCAAACAAGAAACCUUCACCGUCUAGCACUGAUCUUGAUGGAGGAGUAGCGGAUCCCCAUGCCCCACAGGAAGCAACAGAGACCUCCUCGCAGGACAGAGAUCCUAACCAAGACCAUGAGAAGAGGUUAAGUAAAAAUCUUCCAAGUGAUGAAGAAGAUCACUCAACAUCUGGAGCUCACACAGUAGAUGAUGAGGAAGAGUCUUCAGCUUCAACCCCAGCUGUAGGUUCUUUCUCACUUGUUGGUCGCAAAAUGUAUGAAAAUGGAAGUGGAGGGGAAACCUCGGCGACACCGCUUGACCUUACGGAUACAGACUCCAUGUUAUCAAAGAGACCAGAAAUAGAGGAACGUGCUUAAUGAAAUAAAACAGGAUAAAACUUGGCUUAUCCUGUUCACUUCCAAAUCAGGUCCAAGUGACCUUGACGUAAGUCAGGUUAAGGUAGUUGGUGGUUUUACCUUACUGAACUGUGUCACAGUUUAGUUGAUCCAGUUCUCUAAGUUGAUCCACUGUUUACACUCAGGUUAUCUGGAGUUGUCUCAGCAACCAGACAAAGUCUUGGCAAUGGGUCCAACAUUAGAAUGGACCUGGAAAAGAGACAGACUUCCUGUUAGGGUUGUGAUCUUCUCCCCGCUCCGCAGUGGUUUCCAAAUUGUAGGGUGUUAUUUAUUAAUCUGCCUAUUAUAAAAAGAAAUUUAUAAACCAGGAAAGACUGCUUUUAUGUAGCCCUCACAAUUUGGAAACACCUUAGUUCCUUCAUUCCAAAUAUGCCUACCUGGUACUUGUCUAUUAUGAAUGUAUCCUGCGCCAUAGACUAUUACUAUUAUAUUCAUGGGGAAGGACUAAACCCUUUGUGGUCAUACAGCACUUGGGGAAUGGGAAGCAGUCAGGUUUGAUCCAAGGUAGAGGAGGGCAACUCUAAUUCCCUUGGAUCAGGAACCUUUCACCAGCAUUAAGGCACCCACCUUGAAGGGCACAGGCUAGAGCUUCAGUGGCAGUGGAUGUGCUCUAUAUGCUCGACUUUGCUCAGGGUAUUCCUGCCUUUCAACAGCUCAUGCUGUAGUAGUUGAAAGUUGUGAAUAAAAAGAAGAAUUUUGUAAGCAACCUACUACAGUGUGAAUGCCCAAAAAUACUCAAUUCAUCUCUUGGAAAUAAAAAAAAACUUACAUAAUAUAUAAUGCUGUAUGUUGAAUAAUUUAUUACGAAAUGUCCUCUACAUACAAAAUAAAUUAUAAUAACUUAAAGGUAUUUAUUUAGUAAAUCUAAGCAGGAGUGUCUAUGUAUUCUUGGGUGAGUGAUUUCUGCAGACAGACAGCAGAGAACUCUGGGUACACGAGGGUGACGAUCAGCUGAAUUAUUAUAUUCGUGGGAAAGUGCAAAAAUCCACAAGAGUCGUACAGCCCCUGAGGAACGGAAGGUAAUAAGAUGUGAUGCAAAGAGGGGGUAGCUCCUAUUCCUUGGAUCAAGAACCUUCUCACCAGUAUCACGACACCCCCAUUAAAAAGAAUACAGCUGGAGCUAUGGAAAAUUCUGCAUUGAUUUGAUGAUCAACUAUGAUGUGUUUCCGAGACAUCGCACUUCAUGGGAGGUGGUUUGAUGCUAGUGAAGGGCUCUUGAUCUAGGGAAUUGGAGCCACUCUUCCCUUGAGAUCAAAUCUAGUUUCCUUCCAUUUUCUAGGUGCUGUAUGAACCCUUUGGGCUUAGUGCUUCCCCUUAAAUAUAGUAAAAAUAAUUUAGGGCAUAACAGGUAGUUCAGAUAUCAGUUGAUUUUUAUUUGUUGUUACUCCAUAUAUGCACUGUUCCAAUUCUGAUAUGAAUAGACCAAGAUGCAAGUUUAAUGCCAUAUAUACGUACCUGUUUCUUGCUGCCUGAUGUCCCCUUUUUAUUAUAUCGUAAUCAAAAUUACCCUAGCGCUAACUCACCAUUUCCAAGAUUAGCAAAACGUAUCCAUAAUUGUAAAACUAAAUUUUAUUUUUAUUUGAUUUACAUUGAAAUACCUCACGUAACCAAGGACAAUUGUAUACGAACCCACUUUGAAAGUUGAUUACGCUAAAAAAGUAUACGACCAGAAUUAUAUAUCUAUACUAUAUAUGUUCACAUUUACUUACCGGUACUGUCUUCAUGAAUGCCUAGUUUUAGUGUGAACAGUUAUACGAAAAUAAUUUUUUUGUUGUAUUGUAGUGUGUAUGAUAUUACUUUAAGUGCAGAAUUUAAAUCAUAAGUGUAUACGAGUGGUAAGAAACUGAGCAAUGACAUUUUCGCCACAAAAACUCUUUGUUAAAAAUCUACGUUUUGACUGAACAUGGAUUGGGCUAUGAAAAUGCUCUAAAAUUAUUUAUAAAUUAAUGAUCUGUGUUAGUUAUCAGACGGGGAUUACAGAAGAUAUGAGAUGGGAACUCUUGUGAGAUUUCUGUGAUUAUAUCCAGCAGUGUGGUGCUGGGAACCUAUCAGUCGCGGUCCAAGACAGUCAUGUGCAAAUCCUCACUUCCUUUGAUACUUAACAAGGGACAUAAAAAGAGGAUAGAGGAUGCACAUGGUAUGAUUUUGUUGAAAAAAAUUGAGUGUUAUUAGAUGAGUGGAUGGAAGCAUUAUACUUGUCCACUAAAAUAUGUGAGGUUAAAUAAAAAUUGUGUUUAUAAUACACAGUAUGUUUAAA